AUGACAGAGAAGGUCCAGGCACAAGUCGCCGAUCUGUACGAUGUUGUCAUCGUGGGUGCCGGCAUCUCGGGCAUCAACACCGCCCACCACAUCCGGACCCAGCUACCAAAUCUAAACUACGCAAUCUUUGAGGCCCGGGACAAGAUUGGCGGUACUUGGGAUCUCUUUAGAUAUCCCGGGAUCCGUUCUGAUACCGACUUGCAAACCUUUGGGUUUGAAUGGAAGCUCUGGGUCGAGAAACGAGCCAUCGCUGAUGGAGCGUCUAUCGCUCGCUACCUUCACGAAGCCGCCGAGGAGGAUUGCAUCCUCCCUCAUAUCAAGUUUGGACAUCGUGUCGACUCUGCCAACUGGUCCUCCGAAGACCAAGCGUGGAAUAUGGUUGUGAGAACCAGCCAAAAUAGCCAAACAACAGUCCGUGCCCGUUUCCUGGUACUGGGUAGCGGGUACUACGACUACAAGGAGCCCCUGAAGCCCCAGAUCCCAGGGCUUUACGAGAACUUCAAAGGCCAGAUUGUCCACCCACAAUUUUGGCCCGAGGACCUAGAAUACACUGGGAAGAAAGUCGUCAUCAUCGGCAGUGGAGCCACUGCGAUCACACUCCUCCCCAAUGUCGCCAAGAAGGCUGGGCAUGUCACGAUGCUACAGAGGAGUCCGACGUACAUCCUGUCCACAGACAACACUGUUGGAAACUCGUGGACCUACAGGGUGCUACCAAAGUCAUGGGCCCUACGACUUAGCCGAUGGUCCUUUAUGUGGAUGACUGCCAUGAUAUUCUACUUGUGCCGAGCCUUCCCUGGGAAGGCGAGGUCGAAGCUCGAGGGCAUGGUGGCGGAACAGCUUCCUAAGAGUAUCCCGCUUGAUCCCCACUUCCGGCCGCGCUACCAACCCUGGGAUCAACGCCUGUGCUUUACACCAAAUGGCGACUUUUUCGAGAGCAUGCGUGAGGGCAAGGCGGCAGUCGAGACUGGACACGUCGAGACGGUCACAGAACAUGCUAUAAUACUGCAGUCUGGACAGAAGCUUGAGGCUGAUAUCGUCGUUACUGCCACCGGCCUCAAACUUGCUCUUGGCGGCCACAUCAAAGUGAGUGUGGAUGGCGAGCAGAUCGACUUGGCCAACCGCUAUGCUUGGCGCACCGCCAUGUUGCAAGACGUUCCCAACUUGGCUUUUAUCCUGGGUUAUGUCAACGCAUCCUGGACUCUUGGUGCAGAGGCUACCGCCCACAUUGUAUGCCGGGUGCUCCAACACAUGGAGAAGAAGGGUUUGAGCAGCGCCACGCCGAAGCUGCGCAACCCUUCUUCCAUUCGGCCCGUCCCGAUAUGGAACCUGGAGUCGACAUAUGUUAAGGAGGCUGCAAGCGACUUGCCAAAAUGCGGCGACUCUGGCCCGUGGAAGGGCAGGACAAACUAUUUCUGGGACUUGUGCCGAGCCAAGUACGGAAGUAUCACGACGGGGUUGGAGUUCACAUAUGCUCAAGAGUAA